AUGGACGGCUCAUAUCCCAUCCACCCAGCCCAGGCUAUGCAAUCACCAUUCUUCUACUACAACCCGGACCCUCAGGGCGAGAACACACGCCAACACGGCCACUUCACACCCCACCCAUCCGGACAGGCUACCUUCCAAGCACAGAACAUGUACUACCAGAGGCCAACGUCGGCAUGCUCUCAGAUGUCCUACCCUCAGACUGCCUACGCCAACCAGAUGCUCACUCCCGUUGCAUCACCUCAGCCAAUGUACCAGAAGCCAACGAUCUUGAUCCAACCUCAAGACUCGCCAUACCUUCACCCCAUUGACACCGACUACUCAUUCUCGCCCGCCACACCUCCCCUUUCAUCGUGCGGUAGCAACACCAGCAGCCCUCCUUCCUCAUGCGAUGUUCUUCCUACACCGAUGCAUGACAUGUUCUCGGGUGAGGGCAUCGAGGGUGUCAAGCAAGGCUGCGAAGGCGAGGUCUUCUCUGAGCUUCUUUCUGCCGGUCUCGAAUGGCGUUCAGCUUCCCCACCCAUGACUCCAGUUUACAUCCAGCCUCCGUCGGCUAGCCAAGGCUCCUACCUUCUAUCUGCAACCUCAUGCCCCUCGCUCUCCCCAUCACCAUCACCAGUACCCCGCGCUGCAUUCGCUGAGGCCGAGAACAACUUCUGCAACCCCCGCGAUCUCACCGUCUCUACUUCUGAGCUUCCCAUUGUCACACUCUGCCCUGGCGACGAGGAGCACAAGGUUGUCCUCAAGGGUGAGACUGCCCAGGUCGACAGCUUCGAGUCUACCCAAUCCUUCAACAUCACUGGUCUCCCCACUUUUGAGCCCUUGUUCGAGCUUGACUGCGAAGACGACUUCACCGGCCUUGUCAACUUCUCUACUGACAACACCCACUUUCUCGGUAACAAGCGCCAACGCACUGACCUUGGCGCUUUCUCUCCUGAGGAGGACUUCCUGAGCGACGAGAGCUUCACAGACUUUGAGGAGGAGCUUGUUCACGGCCUGCCCAUGACCCCUGCUACUAGCGACUUCGACAUGUCCGCCGCUUCCAAGAGGCGAACAGUCAAGAAGGCUCGUUCAGAGUUCAGCGAGACUGAGUCAGACUACCAGGGUAAGCAACAGACAUCAGGUGAUGAUAACACCAUGUCUGGAGCAUCAAGCCAACAAGAAUCAGGUCAAGCCGAGAACGCUGUCGGCUCCAGCUCAGACGAACACGCCACCCCUGUCGCCCCUACCAGCCGCCGCGGUCGCAAGCAGUCGCUUACCGACGACCCUUCCAAGACCUUCGUCUGCACUCUCUGCUCGCGUCGCUUCCGUCGUCAAGAACACCUCAAGCGCCACUACCGCUCUCUCCACACUCACGACAAGCCCUUUGAGUGCACUGACUGCGGUAAGAAGUUCUCCAGGAGCGACAACCUCUCCCAGCACCAGCGCACCCACGGUACUGGUGCCGUCAGCCUUGAGGUCAUGGGCUCCGACUUCCAUCACUCGGACAUGCAGCAUGGUCAACCUGGUGCGUUUGGCGCACAGGCCCCUUCCACCAUGGGUGAGAUCCUCUACAACGCUGCCUCCGAGAUCCCCACCUCAAGCUCUGAUGGAUCCGAGAACGAGUCGUCGCCCAGCCAGAAGAAGCGCAAGAGGAACGAGUAA